AUGAUGUGUGCCGCUGCGGCAGCGGCCGCCGCCUGUGGGGGGAUUCUACCAUCCUCGUCGCCGUCGAUCGGGCUGGGAGUCCGGGUCAUUUACGGACUAGGAGCCGAUCUCUCCUCCAUUGGGCCGGGCAUGGGUUCCUGUCCGACACCCGGAGCCCAGUCUGACUGUCGGACUCGGUACCAGCUUUUACUCUCAGGAAGAGCCCUGGCGGAAAGAUACCGAAGGAUUUACACGACUGCCAUCAACGAUAAAGAGCAAGGAAUAAACCCUGGAAGGGGGAAAAAGGCAUUGAAUAAGAAGAAGCUGAAAAGACGACAAAAGGUGAAGUCCAAAGUCAAAUCGAGGACAAAGACUGAGAGUUUCGAUGGCGCCUUCUGCGUUCCUGACAUCAAGCUACACAGCAACCCGUCGGCGUUCAACGUCUACUGCAACGUGCGCCACUGCGUGCUGGAAUGGCAGCAGAGGGAGGCCUCGUUGGCGCUGGCAUCCAGGAGCUCGGUGCAGAGUGGCGACUCUGAUAGCGAGGAGGAGGAAGAAUACCGCGAGCCUGCCGUCAAGCUGCCAAAGAUCAUCGGUAUCGGCCUGUGUGGGGUCUUUGAGCUGAUCAAGGAGACGCGCUUCUCGCACCCCUCGCUGUGUCUGCGCAGUCUGCAGGCUUUGUUGGACAUGCUGCAGGGGCAACAGCCCGAGGGCUUCCAGACCGAGCCACCCGACGUGCUGGAGUCCCUUUUCCAGCUUCUGCUGGAGACCACGGUUCGAAGCACGGGCCCCAAUGACCCGACGGGACAGGCUAUCACAGCCCUGUCCUGCGCCUGCCUUUUCAGCCUGGUUGUUUCCUGGGGUGACACUGGCAAGAUUCUGCAGGCCGUCUCCGCUAUCCUCACCAACAAUGGCAGUCACGCUUGCCAGACCAUACAGGUGCCCACCAUAUUGAACGCCUUGCAGAGGAGCGUCCAGGCAGUUUUGGUAGGAAAGAUUCAGAUCCAGGACUGGUUUGGGAAUGGCAUCAAACGAGCCGCCUUGAUGAACAAAUGGGUGCUGAAAGGCGUGACCAUCGACGAAGACGAACGCUGCCUCCUGCAGACGGACGGUUCCUUCCUCUACUUGCUCUGCAAGGACGGACUGUACAAAGUUGGCUCGGGGUACAGCGGCACAGUCAGGGGUCAUGUUUACAACUCCACAUCCCGCAUUAGGAAUCGGACAGAGAAGAGAUCGUGGCUGGGCUUUGCACAGGGAUACUUGCUAUACAGAGACACAGGUAACCACAGUAUGUCAGCCAUCAAGAUCAGUCCCGAGACACUGGAGCCUGAGGGGGCUGUCACCAUGCCAGGUCAGCACUCAGAUGGACAGAACAUACUCUUCACGGACGGAGAGCACAUCAACCAAAUAGCAGCCUGCAAAGAUGAUGGUUUUGUGGUGCGCAUCUACACAAUGAGCUCCGACCCCAGCCUGCAGCAGGAACUGCAGUUAAAACUGGCGAGGAAGUGUCUGCACGCCUGCGGCAUCUCCCUCUUCGACCUGGAGAAGGAUCUACACAUCAUCAGCACGGGCUUUGAUGAAGAGGCAGCUUUACUUGGAGCUGGCAGGGAAUUUGCACUGAUGAAAACUGCAUCUGGCAAGAUCUACUACACAGGAAAGUAUCAAAGCCUAGGAAUAAAGCAGGGAGGCCCUUCUGCUGGCAAAUGGGUGGAACUUCCUGUUACCAAAUCUCCAAAGAUCCUUCAGUUCUCCGUCGGUCACGACGGCUCCCACGCGUUAUUAGUUGCUGAAGAUGGAAGCGUCUUCUUCACCGGCUCUGCGAGCAAAGGAGAAGACGGCGAAUCCACUAAAAGCCGGCGACAGCCCAAACCCUACAAGCCUAAGAAAAUGAUUAAAUUAGAGACCAAGAUGGCCGUGUACACGGCGUGCAACAACGGCAGCAGCAGCAUCGUCACCAAGGACGGCGAGCUGUACAUGUUCGGAAAGGAUGCCAUUUACAGUGACAGCACUUGCCAAGUGACCGACCUGAAAGGCCACGUUGUGACCCAGGUUGCCAUGGGAAAGGCCCACACGUGCGUCUUGACCAAAAAUGGGGAGGUGUGGACCUUUGGCGUAAACAAUAAGGGCCAGUGUGGUCGAGACACAGGGGCCAUUAGCCAAGUGGGGAAAGCGUUCGGCGUGGAGAACAUGGCCACGGCCAUGGAUGAGGACCUGGAAGAUGAGCUGGAAGAGAAGGAAGAGAAAAGCAUGAUGUGUCAGCCUGGCAUGCACAAGUGGAAGCUGGACCAGUGCAUGGUUUGCACCGUAUGCGGCGACUGCACGGGUUACGGCGCCAGCUGUGUCAGCAGCGGGAGGCCUGAUAGAGUACCAGGCGGCAUCUGCGGCUGCGGCUCAGGAGAGUCCGGUUGUUCUGCUUGCGGAUGCUGCAAGGCUUGUGCUAGGGAGCUGGAUGGUCAGGAGGCUCGACAGAGAGGCAUCUUCGAUGCAGUCAAAGAGAUGAUCCCAUUGGACCUCCUUCUAGGAGUGAACAUCGAGGAGCACAUACAGAUCCGUCAGGAGGAGAAACGGCAAAGGAUCAACCGCCGACACAGGCUGGAGGAGGGACGAGGCCCCAUUGUUUACCCCGGUACCAUUUUAAUGAACCAGCGUGAGCAAGCCCUAGCCAGAAUAAGACCCCUUCAGGCACUAAGGCAUAAACCGGACAAGCACAAAGAUGGCAGUAGUGAGCGCGGUGAGAAAGAUGCCAGUAAAAUCACCACAUAUCCACCCGGUGCGGUCAGGUUUGACUGUGAGAUGCGGGCUGUGCAGGUCAGCUGCGGUUUUCAUCACUCGGUGGUGUUAAUGGAGAAUGGAGACGUCUACACAUUUGGCUACGGGCAACAUGGCCAACUUGGACACGGUGACGUAAACUCCAGGGGAUCUCCAACUCUUAUCCAGGCUCUCCCGGGUCCGAGUAUUCAAGUAACGGCAGGCAGCAACCACACCGUUGUUCUUCUAGUCGACGGGCAGGUCUUCACUUUCGGUAGUUUCUCGAAAGGACAACUCGGGCGACCUAUCCUCGACAUGCCGUACUGGAACGCCAAGCCGUCCCCCAUGCCCAACAUCGGCGCCAGAUACGGACGAAAAGCCACCUGGAUCGGCGCCAGCGGAGACCAGACGUUCCUGCGGAUUGACGAGGCGCUCAUCAACUCCCACGUGCUGGCCACUUCGGAGAUCUUUGCCAGCAAACACAUCAUCGGCUUGGUGCCGUCCUCCGUGUCCGAGCCGCCUCCGUUCAAAUGUUUACUCAUUAACAAAUUGGACGGAAGCUGCCGCACCUUCAAUGAUUCCGAGCAGGAGGACCUGCAGGGGUUUGGACUCUGCCUGGACCCGGUGUACGAUGUCAUAUGGAGGUUCUUACCAGCAUCAAGAGAGAUGUGGUGUUACAACGCAGUAAUAGCCGACGCCAGGAUGCCGUCUGCCACAGACUUACAGGCCCGCUGUGGCAUCCUGAGCCCUGAGCUCGCGCUGCCUGCGGGGUCACAUGCCACCACCACCCGCUCACAUGGCGCCUUACACAUUCUUGGCUGCCUGGACACCCUGGCGGCCAUGCAAGAAUUAAAGAUGGGCGUGACCAGCGCCGAGGAAGAGACGCAGGCAGUAAUGAAGGUCUACUCCAAGGAGGACUACAGCGUGGUGAACCGUUUCGAGAGUCACGGUGGCGGUUGGGGCUACUCGGCGCACUCUGUGGAGGCCAUUCGCUUUUGCGCUGACGCUGACAUCUUGCUGGGCGGGCUGGGCCUGUUCGGUGGGAGAGGAGAGUAUACUGCUAAAAUCAAGCUUUUUGAACUGGGGCCCGAUGGAGGCGACCAUGAGACAGACGGAGAUCUGCUUGCUGAGACUGACGUACUGGCUUAUGACUGUGCUGCCAGGGAGAAAUACGCCAUGAUGUUUGAUGAGCCAGUGUUGCUUCAGUCAGGCUGGUGGUACGUAGCUUGGGCCCGAGUAUCAGGUCCUAGCAGUGACUGCGGAUCCCACGGACAAGCCACCAUCACUACUGAUGAUGGCGUGGUAUUCCAGUUCAAAAGCUCCAAGAAGUCAAACAAUGGAACAGACGUCAAUGCAGGGCAAAUACCUCAGCUGCUUUACAGGCUUCCUUCGAAUGAUGGCAAUGCAUCCAAAGGGAAACAGCAGACCAGCGAGCCGGUUCACAUCCUUAAGCGCUCUUUUGCUCGGACAGUGUCUGUGGAGUGCUUCGAGUCCCUUCUCAGCAUCCUCCACUGGAGCUGGACUACUUUAGUUCUGGGUGUGGAGGAACUGCGAGGCCUGAAGGGCUUUCAGUACACAGCUACCCUGCUAGACCUGGAGAGGUUGCGUUUUGUGGGCACCUGCUGCCUCCGCUUGCUCCGGGUCUACAUCUGUGAGAUAUUUCCCAUCGCUGCCAGCACCAAAGCUGUGGUGGAGGAGUCCAGCAAGCUGGCCGAAUGCGUGGGAAAGACACGCAGCCUGCUGAAAAAAAUCCUGUCCGAGAGCACGGAUAACUGCCUGACCAAGCUGGACAACGACCCGCAGGGCUACCUGUCCCAGCCACUAACACUGUUGGAAGCAGUGCUGCAGGAGUGCCACAACACCUUCACUGCUUGCUUUCACUCUUUCUACCCGACGCCGGCACUGCAGUGGGCUUGUCUCUGUGACUUGCUGAACUGUCUGGAUCAGGACAUCGCAGAAGCCAACUUUCGUACAUCCAGCAGCCGUCUACUGGCGGCCGUGAUGUCCGCUCUGUGCAACACAUCGGUCAAGCUGACGUCCAUUCUGCCCAUCGCGUACGACGGCGAGGUCCUGCUGCGCUCAUUGGUCAAGCAAGUCAGCACGGAAAAUGACUCGGCCCUCGCUCACCGCUUUCCCCUGCUCGUGGCCCAUAUGGAGAAGCUAAGCCAUACCGAGGAGAACCUGAUGGGAAUGACUAGCUUCAGGGAAGUCCUGGAGAAAAUGCUGGUGAUCGUAGUGCUUCCUGUGAGGAAGAGCUUGAGGAAAGAGGUGGAGCUCUUCUCUCCGCACCUGGUGUCCAACACUUGCGGCCUUUUGGCUUCCAUCGUCUCCGAGCUUACCGCCUCUGCCCUGGGCUCUGAGGUGGAUGGUCUGAACUCGCUUCACUCAGUGAAAGCGUCCCCCAACCGUUUCACAAAGACGAGCCAGGGCCGCAGUUGGAACACGGGCAACGGUUCCCCGGAUGCCAUCUGCAUGACCGUGGACAAGCCGGGCGUCGUCUUGGUGGGCGUCUGCGUGUACGGAGGCGGCGGAAUCCACGAGUAUGAACUGGAAGUGCUCGCCGACGAUGCACAGACCGAGCACCCGGGUGACUCCGCACACUCGCACAGGUGGACAUCUCUCGAGCUGGUAAAAGGGACGUAUAGCACCGAUGAUUCACCCAGUGAUAUUGCGGAGAUUCGCCUGGAUAAGGCAGUGCCACUCAAGGAAGGGGUAAAAUACGCUGUGCGAUUGCGCAACUACGGCAGCCGCACCGCAAACGGAGACGGCGGCAUGACCACGGUGCAAUGCUCCGACGGCGUGUCUUUCACCUUCAGCACUUGCAGCUUGAGUAGCAAUGGCACCAACCAGACUCGCGGACAGAUCCCUCAGAUUUUAUACUACAGGAGCGAAUAUGAUGGCGAUCUCCAGUCGCAGUUGUUGAGCAAAGCCAACGAAGAAGACAAAAACUGCAGCCGGGCGCUUUCUGUGGUCAGCGCGGUGGUCAGAGCGGCCAAGGACUUGCUUCACAGGGCUUUUGCCGUCGACGUGGAUGACAUCCCUGAGCUGCUAAGCUCUUCUAGCCUCUUCUCCAUGCUGCUUCCUCUUAUCCUAGCGUACAUUGGCCCUGUGGCUGCAUCUGUACCAAAGGCUGCUGUUGAGGUCUUCGGGCUGGUCCAAGAGCUGCUUCCCGCCGUUUCGGCCCUCAACCAAAAGUACGCGCCACCCACGUUCAACCCCAACCAAUCGACGGACAGCACGACUGGCAAUCAGCUGGAGCAGGGACUGUCCGCCUGCACCACGUCCAAUCAUUACUCCGUGAUCGAGAGCGAUCACCCUUACAAACAGGCUGGCGUCACACAAUACAAGGUCUCGUUCCCCGAUUGCGUACGAUGGACGAGCAUCGAGUUCGACCCGCAGUGUGGCACGGCUCAGCCUGAAGACGUCCUUCGCCUGCUCAUCCCCAGUCGCACUCUUCACCUGUCCUGUUUGGGCGGUAAACCUCUGGUCCAUGACACCAUCAACACCUGGACCGAGCUCAGGAAAUUUUCAGGCUCCACAGGCUGGCCGACUUCAGUGCUCGUGCUGCCGGGAAAUGAAGUCUUAUUUUCACUAGAAACGGCCUCUGAUUAUGUGAAGGAUGAAAAGGCAUCCUUCUAUGGCUUUAAAUGUGUGGCUGUGGGAUAUGAAUUCAAUCCAGGUCCUGAUGAGGGUAUCAUCCAGCUGGAGAAAGAGUUGGCGUACUUGGGUAGUGUGUGUGCUGCAGCGCUAAUGAAGAAAGACUUAGCGCUCCCCAUAGGCAAUGAGCUGGAGGAGGACCUAGAAAUCCUAGAGGAGGCUUCUCUUCAGGUCUGUAAAGCACACGCAGGGAUCCUGGGGAAGGGUCUUGCGCUGUCACAUCCCCCCAUCAUCCUGGAGGCCCUGGAAGGAAACCUGCCCUUGCACCUUCAAACCAACGAGCACUCCUUUCUUGAGGACUUCAUAACAUGUGUGCAGAACUCAAGCGGAGGACGUCUCGCAAGGUGGCUGCAACCAGACUCUUACGCCGACCCUCAGAAGACAUCUCUAAUCCUGAACAAAGAUGACAUACGCUGCGGUUGGCCUGCGACAAUUGUCGUACAGACCAAAGACCAAUACGGAGAUGUGGUGCAUGUUCCCAACAUGAAGGUGGAAGUCAAGGCCGUGCCUGUUUCUCAAAAGAAGUCGCUGCAGCCGGACAAUGUGAAAAAAUUGCAGCGAUUGACCGGAAGCUGCUCUCCGGUGUGUUCUGGGCCGGAUCUCACCUUCGGAGGUCUUCCGCCACCUAAGUUAGAGGCCACGUACGAGCCUAUGAUCGUGAAAGAAGCCCGCUACAUCGCCAUCACUAUGAUGAAGGCAUAUGAAAGCUAUUCUUUUGAGGAGCUACGUUUUGCUUCCCCUACUCCAAAGAGGCCAAGUGAGAACAUGCUGAUCCGUGCCAACACUGACGGAACAUACAGUGCCAACUGGACCCCAGGAGCAGUCGGACUCUAUACAAUCCACGUCACCAUUGAUGGAAUUGAAAUAGAUGCAGGUUUGGAAGUAGAAGUUAAGGACCCUCCCAAAGGCAUGAUACCACCCGGGACGCAGAUGGUCAAACCCAAGGCAGAGCCCCAACCCAGCAAGGUCCGCAAAUUUGUGUCCAAGGAUAGCGCAGGCCUUCGUGUGCGCAGUCACCCCUCCCUGCAGAGUGAACAAAUAGGCAUAGUGCAUGUCAAUGGCACAAUCACUUUCAUUGAUGAGAUUCACAAUGACGACGGCGUGUGGCUCAAGCUCAAUGACGAAACGGUGAAGAAGUACGUUCCAAGCAUGAACGGCUACACUGAGGCCUGGUGCCUUUCUUUUAACCAGCACCUGGGCAGGAGCCUUCUGGUCCCCGCUGACGUGGUCAACUCAGAGGGAACAUGGGUGCAGCUGGAUAAAAACAGUGUCGUGGAGUUCUGCGAAAGUGACGAGGGAGAGGCCUGGUCACUGGCAAGAGACCGCGGAGGUAACCAGUACCUUCGCCACGAUGAAGAGCAAGCGCUGCUUGAGCAUGGCGCCCAGACUCCGCCACCAAGCCCUUUCUCAGUGCAGGCCUUCAACAGAGCCGCAACGUCUAAUGGAGCUCAGGGUUUUGAUUAUGGACUCUCCAACAAUAAAGGUGAACGAGGAAACCUGAUGACCGGCGCACGAUCCAUGUCCCCGGCCUCCAAACACCAUCAAGAGAAUCGUUCACCCAAACAAGAGAGUCGAGGGAGAGUCAAAACGGGUCAAGAUGGAUCGCUCUCUGCCAGCGAAGCCCUCAUUCUGCGCUCCGACACGGCCAAACUGCGCUCCGAUUCUCACGGCCGUUCUCACUCACCGAAUCACAACACUCUGCAAGCGCUCAAAUCUGAAGUCAGAACAUCAGGACACCGGUCCGACUCGCCCAACGUCAGCUCUCGCUCCUCCUCGCCUAAACAAAAAGGAACGUCCUCUUCCGGCAGAUCCAGUCCUUCCAGCACCUCCUCUUCAACACAUCAUGACAAGAACAUCCAGCCGAAAGUUAGCCCGUCAUCCAAAGCCCGUCUAGAACCUCCUAGAGAGAGAUCCAAGUCUGAUUCCUACACUCUGGACCCGGACACUCUCAGGAAGAAGAAGAUUCCUCUUACGGAACCUAUACGAGGCAGAUCCACCUCCCCGAAACCAAAACUGUCUCCCAAAGAUCCAAACCAAGAAGUUAUCUGUAACACGGAGAACCGCGUUCCUUCCCCCCACGUGACCCAAGAGAACCUGCACAGCGAAGUGGUGGAGGUGUGUUCCUCAAGUACUCUUCUCUCAAACGAGGACACGAACGAUGAAAACGUAGAGGUGCAGGACUCCGAGGAGUCCUUGUGCAAGGUGCACUUUAGCAUCGGAAAGGCCCCGGUUAAGGAGGAGCUGGAGAGUCGUUCUUCGCCCAAAGUCAGCCGCAAAACCUCUAGUCGACACUCCCGGCCAAAGAAGGACAAAUCCGGACCCCUAUUCAAAGCGGAGAGCGCGCAACGGAUAUGCGAGCCCGCCAAACAGGCCAUGUCCCCAUCGGUUGCAGAAUGCUCCCGUGCGGUCUUCGCGGCGUUCCUCUGGCAUGAAGGUAUCGUCCACGACGCCAUGGCCUGUUCGUCCUUCCUCAAGUUCAACCCGGAUUUAACCAAAGAGCACGCUCCCAUACGCAGCUCUCUCGGAGGGCAGUGCGCCGAAGACAAGGAAAGCAAGCUGAAAAACCGCCACUCCUUGGAAAUUUCCUCCGCGCUUAACAUGUUUAACAUCGCUCCGCACGGACCGGACAUCUCCAAAAUGGGCAGCAUCAACAAAAACAAGGUUCUGUCCAUGUUAAAAGAACCGCCAUUGCCAGAAAAGUGCGAGGACGGAAAAUCGGACUCAGUUUCCUACGAGAUGACGGCCCAUCCCUCCAUGAGAGUGAAAUCUAUACUACCUCUUACGCUGCAGCACUUGGUUGCAUUCUGGGAGGAUAUCUCCUUGGCGACUAUUAAAGCCGCGACGCAAAACAUGAUCUUCCCCAGUCCGGGGUCAAGCGCCAUCUUAAAGAAGAAGGAGAAUGAAAAAGACAGCAAAAAGGCCAAGAAGGACAAGAAGAAGCGGGAAAAGGCGGAGGUUCGGCCACGGGGAAAUCUGUUUGGAGAGAUGGCGCAGCUCGCCAUGGGCGGACCGGAGAAGGACACAAUUUGUGAGCUGUGUGGAGAAUCUCAUCCUUACCCUGUCACUUACCAUAUGAGACAGGCUCACCCUGGCUGCGGUCGCUACGCUGGAGGCCAAGGUUACAACAGCAUCGGUCACUUCUGCGGUGGCUGGGCUGGCAACUGCGGGGACGGAGGCAUUGGAGGCAGCACCUGGUAUCUAGUGUGUGAUCGCUGCCGGGAGAAAUACCUGAGAGAGAAGCAGACUGCGGCCAGGGAGAAGGUGAAGCAGUCCAGAAAGAAGCCACUCCAGGUGAAGACACCGAGAGCCCUACCUACCAUGGAAGCCCACCAGGUGAUCCGGGCAAACGCUUUGUUCCUGCUGUCACUCAGCAGCGCCGCUGAGCCCAGCAUGCUGUGCCACCAUCCUCCCCGGCCGCUGCAUUCUCAGCUUCUCCCAAGCCUCAAGGAGGGCGUCUCGGCCGAACUUCCCAAUAAAAUGAGCUGUCUCUACCUACAAACACUCGCCAGGCAACACACAGAGAAUUUUGGAAGCUACCAAGACGACAAUCUCUUCCAAGAUGAGAUGAGGUACUUGCGGUCCACAUCGGUUCCUGCGCCCUACAUUUCCGUCACCCCCGACGCCUGCCCUAAUGUUUUUGAAGAACCGGAGAGCAACAUGAAGUCAAUGCCACCGAGUCUUGAGACCAGCCCCAUUACAGACAGCGACACAGCCAAGCGCACCGUAUUUCAGAGAUCUUACUCCGUUGUGGCCUCAGAGUACGACAAGCAACACUCGCCAUCUCCUGCUAGGGUCAAAGCCGUGCCCAGACGCAGAGUACACAGCGGCGAUGCCGAGGUGGGAUCCUCGCUGUUGCGCCACCCGUCUCCCGAGCUGUCCAGGUUGAUCACUGCCCACGGCUCCCUCAGCAAAGGGGAGAGGAACUUCCAGUGGCCCGUGUUGGCGUUUGUCAUCCAGCAUCACGAUUUGGAAGGCCUUGAAGUAGCCAUGCGGCAUGCACUGAGGAAGUCGGCGUGCAGGGUGUUUGCAAUGGAGGCGUUCAACUGGCUCCUGUGCAACGUGAUCCAGACAACCUCACUGCAUGACAUUCUGUGGCAUUUUGUAGCAUCGCUCACCCCGUCUCCCUUUGAACCCGAGGACGAGGAAGAAGACGAAAACAAGGGCAACAAGGAAAACCUCGAACAGGAUCGAGACCUAGGUGUUUGUGAGCACCCUCUGUCCGACAUCGUUAUCGCAGGGGAGGCGGCUCACCCGCUGCCUCAUACCUUCCACCGCCUCCUGCAGACCAUCUCAGACCUCAUGAUGUCACUUCCUAGUGGAAGCUCACUUCAACAAAUGGCGCUAAGAUGCUGGAGUCUGAAAUUCAAGCAAUCCGACCACCAGUUCUUGCAUCAGAGCAACGUAUUCCACCACAUCAACAACAUACUCUCCAAGUCUGACGACGGCGACAGCGAAGAAAGCUUCAACAUCAGCGUUCAGUCGGGCUACGAAGCCAUUAGCCAGGAUCUCUGCCUAGUGACCUGCCUGAAGGACCUGACCAGCGUGGUGGACAUCAAGACGUCCAGUCGUCCCGCCAUGAUCGGCAGCCUGACGGACGGCUCCACCGAGACCUUCUGGGAGUCCGGAGACGAAGACAAGAACAAAACAAAGAGCGUCACCAUCAGCUGCGUAAAAGGCAUCAAUGCCUCCAAUGUUUCUGUUCACGUGGACAACUCGAGAGACCUCGGGAAUAAAGUGACCUCAGUGACGUUCCUGUGUGGAAAGGCUAUAGAAGACCUUUGCAGGAUCAAGCAGGUCGACCUGGAUUCACGUCACAUGGGCUGGGUGACAAGUGAACUCCCCGGGGGUGAUCAUCAUGUCAUCAAGGUGGAGCUGAAAGGGCCUGAGAAUACCCUGAGGGUGCGUCAGGUGAAGGUCCUCGGCUGGAAGGAGGGGGACAGCAUAAAGAUCGCCGGGCAGAUCUCUGCCAGCAUGGCGCAGCAGAAGAACUGCGAGGGAGAAACGUUGCGCGUCUUUCGACUCAUCACUUCACAGGUGUUUGGGAAGCUUAUCUGUGGAGAUGCAGAGCCAACCCCCGAGCAGGAGGAGAAAAAUCUGCUUUCGUCUCCAGAAGGAGAGGAAAAGGUACCAUCAGACGCGGACCUCAAAGAGCACAUGGUCGGAAUCAUUUUCAGCAGGAGCAAACUGACCAACCUACAGAAACAGGUGUGCGCACACAUCGUCCAGGCCAUCCGCAUGGAGGCGACGCGCGUGAGAGAGGAGUGGGAACACGCCAUCUCCAGCAAGGAGAACGCAAAUUCCCAGCCCAGCGACGACGACGCCUCGUCGGACGCCUACUGCUUCGAGCUACUGUCCAUGGUGUUGGCGCUGAGCGGCUCCAAUGUGGGGCGUCAGUACCUCGCGCAACAGCUGACGCUGAUGCAGGACCUUUUCUCGCUGCUGCACACGGCUUCACCACGAGUGCAGAGACAGGUGACAUCAUUGCUCCGACGAGUCUUACCGGAGGUGACGCCGGUGCGACUUGCCAGCAUCAUUGGAGUGAAGUCCCUGCCGCCGGCGGACAUCAGCGACAUUAUCCACUCCACGGAGAAGGGCGACUGGAACAAGCUGGGCAUCCUAGACAUGUUCUUGGGCUGCAUUGCCAAAGCUCUCACUGUGCAACUGAAGGCCAAAGGGACUACUAUUGCUGGCACCGCCGGCAUGGCCGCCGGCAAAGGGGUGACUACUGUCACUCUGCCAAUGAUCUUUAAUUCCAGCUACAUCCGAAGAGGAGAGAGCCACUGGUGGAUGAAAGGCUCCACUCCGCCUCAGAUUGCAGAGAUCAUCAUCAAAUUGGUCAAAGACAUGGCAGGCGGUCACCUUUCAGACGCGUGGUCACGAGUCACCAAAAAUGCAAUCGCUGAGACUAUCAUAGCGCUCACCAAAAUGGAGGAGGAGCAUCGGUCGCCUGUGCGCUGCAUCGCAACCACUAGACUGUGGCUAGCGCUAGCUUCCCUGUGUGUGCUGGACCAAGACCAUGUGGACCGACUGUCUUCUGGUCGGUGGAUGGGCAAAGACGGACAACAGAAGCAGAUGCCAAUGUGCGACAACCACGAUGACGGCGAGACGGCGGCCAUCAUCCUUUGCAACAUGUGUGGCAACCUUUGCACCGACUGCGACCGCUUCCUCCACCUGCACCGACGCACGCGCUCUCACCAGAGACAGGUGUUUAAGGAGGAAGAAGAGGCCAUCAAGGUGGACCUCCACGAAGGUUGCGGUCGGACCAAGCUCUUCUGGCUGAUGGCUCUGGCUGACUCCAAAACAAUGAAGGCCAUGGUGGAGUUCAGAGAACACACAGGCAAGCCUGCAUCGAGCAGCUCGGAUGCGUGCAGGUUCUGCGGAACGAGGAAUGGAACCGAGCUGUCGGCGGUUGGAAGUGUCUGUUCUGACCCUGACUGUCAGGAAUAUUCCAAGCUGGCGUGCAGUAAGACGCACCCCUGCGGGCACCCGUGCGGUGGGGUCAAGAACGAGGAGUCUUGCCUUCCAUGCUUGCACGGCUGCGAUAAGAACACAGGCUGCUUAAAGCAAGACGCCGACGACAUGUGCAUGAUUUGUUUCACCGAGGCGCUCUCUGCUGCCCCUGCUGUACAGCUGGACUGCACUCACGUAUUCCACCUCCAAUGCACCCGGCGUGUUCUGGAAAACCGCUGGCUUGGUCCCCGCAUUACUUUUGGCUUCAUGUUGUGUCCAAUUUGCAAGAACAAGAUCAACCACUCCGUGAUCAAGGAUCUGCUGGAUCCUAUCAAGGAGCUUUACGAGGACGUGAGACGAAAAGCCUUGAUGAGGCUGGAGUACGAGGGUCUGCACAAGAGCGAGGCCAUAACCACGCCAGGCGCGCGCUUCCACAACGACCCGGCGGGCUUUGCCAUGAACAGAUACGCCUACUAUGUUUGCUACAAGUGCAAGAAGGCCUAUUUCGGGGGAGAGGCCCGUUGCGACGCAGAGGCAGGCCAAGGUGAUGACUAUGACCCCAGUGAGCUGAUUUGCGGCGCCUGCUCUGAUGUUUCCAGGGCUCAGAUGUGCUCCAAGCACGGCACGGACUUCCUGGAGUACAAAUGUCGCUACUGCUGCUCGGUGGCAGUCUUCUUUUGCUUCGGCACCACGCACUUCUGCAACGCCUGCCACGACGACUUCCAGAGGAUGACCAGCGUCCCCAAGGAGGAGUUGCCGCAUUGCCCCGCAGGUCCCAAAGGCAAGCAGCUGGAGGGCACCGAAUGUCCGCUGCACGUGGUCCACCCGCCAACGGGCGAGGAGUUUGCUUUAGGCUGCGGCGUAUGCAGGAACGCGCACACCUUCUAA